CCUCAAUACCCUCAGAUGCCUCAAUACCCUCAGAUGCCUCAAUACCAUCUGAUGCGUCAAUACCCUAAGAUGCCGGAGACAACAACAGCAAUGACCACACGGCCUACAACUGCAAAGGCGACUCAAAUUCCUGCACUGCCUCAGAUGCCUCAAUACGCUCAGAUGCCUCAAUACGCUCAGAUGCCUCAAUACCCUCAGAUGCCUCAAUACCCUCAGAUGCCUCAAUACCCUCAGAUGCCUCAAUACCCUCAGAUGCCUCAAUACCCUCAGAUGCCUCAAUACCCUCAGAUGCCUCAAUACCAUCUGAUGCGUCAAUACCCUAAGAUGCCGGAGACAACAACAGCAAUGACCACACGGCCUACAACUGCAAAGGCGACUCAAAUUCCUGCACUGCCUCAAAACCCUCAGAUGCCUCAAAACCCUCAGAUGCCUCAAAACCCUCAGAUGCCUCAAUACGCUCAUAUGCCGUUUCCACAAUAUAUGCCGAUGUAUCCUCCCUUUAAUGCUCUUUAUCCAGCUACAAAGCCAAAAACUACUACAACUAAAGGCUAAAAAUCCCUUAUCUUAGCUUCCACCAUCUAUGCCUUACUAUCAUCUUUAACCUACGAUCCUUCCCAUCCCCAAUAUCCUACCACUGUGAAACCAGAUCCCCCGCCCACUCCGGCACCCAUCCUCCUUUUCAUCCCCAUGUUCACUUGCCCAUAUCAUUGCUGUCUCCUUUUCCUCCUCCACGCUACCUUACUUAAACAGUUCUAAUAAAAGUUUUGAACAGA